GUCACCGCGGGUAUGUUAUGAGGUUUCAUAUCAACAUUACCUCGUGUAAUUUUAGUGUUUAAUAUAUUAAACAAUGUUUGUGAUUUAAAUAACAACGUAAUGGACGCCUACGAUAUUUUUAAAAAACUGACAAAGGGUCUUACAUUCAAACGUCGUGUUUUAGGAGUGAAAAAUGCCGAGCAAAAUAUAAAAACUACUCUAAAAAAGGAAACAGAACUAAAAAACGAAGAGGAAGACGAAAUAAAACAAGAAAUUGAAGAUAAUGACAAUUCAAUUGAACCUUCAGAUGUAGAAAAUGAAGACUGUGAAGAUGAAGAGAAUGACGGUCUCCAAAUAAUUGAUGGUGUAACGGUAGAGAAGAAAACCAAGCAAAAGAAAUCAAAGUUAACACCUGAGGAACUAAAGAAAAGACUUGAAAUUGAACAGCAAAAUCAAUUUCGAAAUGAACAUGGAAUUAAAGCGGUUGGUCGGCAUAUUCCAAAUGCAUUGAAAGACUUCAAUGAGCUAGUAACCAGAUACAAAGUAGCACAAUCACUCGUGGACACAGUGAGUCAGUGUGGCUACUCUGAACCUACACCAGUGCAGCGUCAAGCGAUACCAUGCUUAUUGGAGGGUCGUCAGGUAGUCGCAUGCGCUCCGACCGGCUCCGGGAAGACGGCGGCCUUCCUGCUGCCGCUGCUGCACGCGUUGGGCGCGGCGCAGGGCGGGCCGCGCGCGCUGCUGCUGUGCCCCACACGCGAGCUGGCGCUGCAGAUCCACCGUGAGGCGCUGCGGCUGGCGGCGCCCACGUCGCUGCGCUGCUCCGUCGUCAGGAGCUGCAAGCAGAGCAAGAUCAAGGAGCGGGAGAACACCAUUAAAAAGAGUGAUCUAGUGAUAAGUACACCGAAUCGUCUCUGCUAUUUGCUGAAUCAAGAGAAUGUCGGCAUUAAUUUGGAUAAGGUACAAUGGCUAAUCAUCGACGAAGCGGACAAGCUGUUCGAGGGCACCACGGAGGAGGUGGAUACGUUCCGCCAGCAGCUCGACGUCAUCAUGGGCUUCUGCAAGGCCAAGUUGGCCAUGUUCAGCGCCACGCACACCCCCGCCAUCGCCAAGUGGGCGCGCCACAACAUGCGCGGACUCAUCAACGUCACCGUCGGGCUCAGGAAUGCAGCCUCCACGUCAGUGGACCAAGAGCUGCUUUUCUGCGGGAACGAGAAUGGAAAGCUGGUGGCGUUUAGACAGCUCGUACAAAAAGGACUUAAGCCUCCCGUUUUAGUUUUCGUGCAAAGUAAAGACCGUGCCAAGCAGCUUUUCAAGGAACUGAUCUACGACGGUAUCAACGUGGACGUCAUCCACGCAGACAGAACGCAGGCGCAGCGUGACAACGUGGUGCGCAGCUUCCGCACGGGGCGCAUCUGGGUGCUGAUCUGUACCGAGCUGAUGGGUCGCGGUAUCGACUUCCGGGGCGUCAACCUUGUGGUCAAUUUCGAUUUCCCGCCGUCCGCCAUUGCUUAUAUCCACAGGAUCGGUCGAGCGGGCCGAGCGGGACAGAAGGGUCGCGCCGUCACCUUCUUCACGCAAGACGAUGUCACCAACCUCAGAAGCAUCGCUUCAGUGAUGAAACAGUCCGGCUGUGAAGUACCAGAAUACAUGUUGAAACUCAAACAGAAUGCUAACAAAAGGAAAAAGUUAGCAAAGAAGGCCCCACGCAGAGACGAAAUAUCAACAAUCUUGCAAAAACCGGAAAAACGUAAACUUGAAAGUCAAAACGCAAAGGAAAGUAACAAGACGAAAGACACGGAUAAUGUGAAAAAUGGAAAGAAUAAAAAAUUAAGGAAAAUACAAAAUGGUGUAACGAAGAAGGGGAGAACUCAGAAAGAAAAUACUAAGGUGGCAAAUGAAACAAAAAAAACUCAUAAAAUAGGACAAAACAAACGGAAAAAGAAGAAAAUGAAUAAAAUGUGAAUAAGUAAAUAAAUUAUUAAGUUGAUA